UAUACUCUCCGUCUACUGUGGAGUAAAUAUAUACUAUCCAAUUCCGUAACUCUUAUCGUAUCCUUUCAAACACAACCCAAAUCCGGCUCUCGCAAUUUCUUCUUUGUAAUCCGAUUAAAGGCUCGCGAAUUCCACGGCUUCACCUGAUAAAAUAGGAGUAAAUGCUUGAAUUGGGUAUACAAUUUGAUUCAUCACCUGCUAUAGGAGUAAAUUGUUGAGUGAUUCACACGAUGCGUUGCUAAGAAUUUCGCUUGAACUCCGGCUUCCCCAGAAAAAAACAGGUAUUUAUAAUCGGUUUAUUGAGAUGGAAUGAAACACAGUCCUGUGCUUUGCUUCCAGGUUCACUUUCAUUUGCUCUAAUUACCAAGAUCAUUGUUAAGGUAAGUACUAUUUCUUCACAGAAUAGUUCUUCACAAAAAUCAUUGUUAAGGUAAGUAUUAUUUGUUUAUACCAAUCUGUUUCUUAAACCAUACUUAGAGUCUUUCGUUAAAGUCAUGGAUGAAAAAGUAUCUUAUCACCAUCCUCGCCAUCUAUUCUUCUUCAGUCAUUGUGUGCAAAAAAUAACCCAUAUCCUGUGUGAUAGCUUAGUAGCACCCAAACAGUAUCAACUUAUUCCCAGUUUUGCCGAAAUUAUGCCAUCACCUAUAUGGUAAAAAACAUGCUUUUAGGAAAUUAUUUGAAUAUCAUUACAUAGCCUAUUGGUUGAGGCAUUGCAUUUCUUGGUUUAUUGAUCUCUUCAAUGGAAAAAAUGACCACAUUGCAUAUCUUUUUUGAAAUUAAGAGAUUUAGAAAACAAAAAUUUACCUCUAGGUUGUGUUUGCCCAAAGUAGGCAUCGUGAAUGCUGCGAAAUUGAAGCGCUAAAAGUCUUGCCUUGUGAGUCGAUGUGAGAGCUCUGACGUUUGAACCUGAAGAGUUUAAACAUCUAUGAUAGAAGCCACAUGUUUUCUAGAUUACCUCAUAAAGAUCAAAUUGCGGGAGAAGGUGUCUGGAGAUCGCAAGUGUGUGCGCUGUACUAAGCUAGAAUUACAGGAGAUAGUAGUCUGUGAUGGAUGGGGUCUGUGUAAAAGGGUAGGAUGUUGUUUGUGAUGGAAGGUGUGUGUAAGCCUAGGGUAGAAUAUCUGGAGGAGUUAGAGGCAGAUCUGCUAAUAUCACAGAGGAUAUUGUUCAUUCCACUGUUAAUAAGUACAAGAUAAAAUAUAUGCGCGCCUUAGGAUUAGAGUAGUAUCCUGCGUAUUUGGAAGUACAAUUUGAACUCUUCAGGUUAUCUUUAGUACAAUCUGAACUCCUCAAAUUAUCUUUAGUAAUUCAAACUCCAUAUAUGUUUAGUAUCCUGCAUAUUUGCAAGUAGUUUGAACUCCAUUUAUCUUUAGUAUCUAUAGGGCUCCGUCUUCUUCACAUCGGCACUUGGCGUCUCCUCCUCGUCCUCGCCUUCUUCCUCCAAGGUCAAGCUUUUCUCUGUAUAUUCUUAUAAUCGGGUUCCCGAGUUUCGAUUUUUUUUACUCUUUCAUCUCUUCCUAUGGUUUAAAUUUCUCUAGAUUCAUCCCGAUUCGGAAAAUCUGCUUGGACAUUCACUUUUUGCAUCCUUCAAUUCAAAAUUUGUGGCCGGAAACCAACGCUUUCUCUGUGCUGGAGCUGUGUUUUUGUGAAAAGGCGCUCUUCGGGACUUCGUGUGGGGUUUUUUUGGAUGGUACAGGAACAACACAAAGAUCUGCGAAUUUGCUUUAAGGAGAUAUCGAUUUCUGGGCUUUGUGAUGGAUGUUGAUUUUGAUGGAGAUGUGACGAAUCUUGAUGCUGAGCUCUUGCAGCUCUCAGAGGUGUCUCCUAUGGCUAUCAAAGCAAACCCUCAUAUCCCAGAGAAGCUCUUUGAUCAAUGGCUGUUGCUUCCAGACACAGUUUCAUUGGUAAAAUCCUUGGUUAACAAUGCCAAGGGUGGUGGCCCUCUCAACGUCUCUGGAACAUUUAGUAUCGUGUUGUGGUAUACUACUUUCGUCGGAUCCAAUGGGGUCGUCGGAUCCUUUUCAAAUUCAUGAAAAGGAUGAAACCAGGCUAAAUUUCUCAAAGCUUGUGGAACCUUACCCGAAACCCCUGUUGAAGUUCUAAAAUUAUCAAAAGAAUGUGAAGAUUCAUCAUCUCAGAACGGUGCAUUGUUUCCUUCAGAUCACAACUCCUGGCUACCUGACAUGUCCAUUGUUAACCAAACCCUGCAUUCACAUCCUGAACAACCUCUAAUACCUUUCAAAAACUGUGACAAAUUGAUGGAGGGUUCAGUUUCUGCUUUCGUUACUCCUGCUAGGUAUCAUUCUGACCCCAUUAGUCCGUAUUAGCUUCAUGGUAAUCAGCACUUUCAGUUAAUAGUCUUAUUGCAUUUCAAAGUGCACAUAUAUGUUUUAUGACAGUUGCCAUUUUAUGGAUUUCUUCAUGUCUCUAGAUCAUAAUUUUGAGACCUCCAUCUUCUUGUCAGUAUAUUUAUGAAAUGCAAGGAACUUUUUAAACUUAUUCUUUUAAGUUUUAUGCAGAUGAAUGGUGUAAAAAACUAUUGACUUUUGU